AUGUCCAAACUCAGGAGCGAUUCCGAUGAGGAGGCUCAAGUAUUUGAGACCGCCAUCAUUGAUAAGUCUCCUCGAUGGCAAGAUAAUCUGGCCGAUUCGUCUCCAUUCGUCAUGGGUGCUGUUGCCACGACACUACUCACAAUCUCAUUCGGCAUGCUAAAUUUCCGAGACGUUACGCUUCAAGCACCCGUCUUCGUUGCCGACUUGUGCUUCGCUGCUGGCGCUGGAUUGAUCAUCUCCGCUCAAUGGGAGAUGCUCAAGGGGAACACUUUCUCCUAUACUGUUCUUAUGGCUUUUGGCUUCUUCUACGCUGGUUACGGAUAUGUCACCAUCCCCUCUACUGGGAUCGCGGACUUCUAUGGAGGAACUUCUACCCCCUCUUUUAACAACGCCCUCGGAGCCUACGUCUUAGUAUGGGCUUGCUUUAACUUCUUCUUCCUCCUCUGCACAACAAGAAUGAACAUCACUUAUGUUGGAGUAUUUUCCUUCGUGGAGCUCUGCCUCAUAUUCGACGCCGCUUCUUACUUUGCCUCCGCUGAGGGCAAGAUAGAAUUAGGCGUUCAUUUCAUGAAAGCUUCGGGUGCAUUUGCUUUCGCGGCAUCCAUUUUAUGUUACUACACCGUGUUGCACUACCUGUGCGAGGAUGCUCUUCCCUUCCGCGUACCUCUGGGAGAUUUAACCAGAUACAAAUACGCACACAAGAGGAAGGCAUAA